AUGAGCCGUCCAAAAUCGCUUCAGAGGCAGUUAGCCUUCGAAACAAUACAUUAUGUGUCUGUCAGCAAGAUGGGCCAAGCUAUUUUAAAAAAGAAUCCUCGUGAAACUAGAAAACUUACCGACAAAUUGGAAGAUAUUGAGUUUCACGAAAGAAAGUGGAAAAGUGAUUUUUCUGGCGAACUCAAUGACGCAAGGCAAGAUUACAAUCAGGCACGGAGUGUAGAAAGUUCAUCAGGUUUCUCAUCGUACCCUAAAGUUAAAGGAGGAAAAGUGUCCUUUAAUCUUAACAAACCACAGCGCUGGAUAGAAAAACGAAUUGGAAGGAUCUACCAACAGCCAGAACAAACCUCUGAAACAACAAAAUACCGCAAAAUACAAAAUACCAGCAACAAACCUACAUGGGACUUAGCCGGGAGAGAAAAAUCUUUGAGGUCCCUUUCAGUGAAAAAGAAAUCUCUGACAACAGAUAUUGAUCUGUACACAGGCGACAAAAUGUCACAUGUAAAGGGCGAGGCACUUGACAGGGGACAAGGCUCGGUCACGCCUCAUUGUAUGACGCCAUUUAUACGUCACUCAUACCGAGAUUGCACAGAGAAAACAGUGUUAGGUGACGUCACCAAAUGGCACAGAUGUGAGACUUGUGAUUCAGUGGUUCCACUUUCUGAAGCUCAGUCUCUUGGUGGGAACUCUAGUGUUUUAGAAAAGGCUUGUAUUUCCCUUCUUCCUUCAUGCUCAAAAAACAAGGCGCUCUCUAACAUCAUAACAAAGAAUGAAUCCUGUUUUCUUCCUCCCUAUUCUUCAACUCAAAAGUCCAGUUUGAACAGUCGCCCGAGUGAGAUCAUUUUAAAGACAAAAGUAGACAAAGGAUUUGUGAAACGGGAAAAAACCAGAAACCUUAUGAAACUAAAUUUUGAAUUAAGAGCAGAACAUAGCCUGUUGCUAUCUCCUUUAGAAGAUUCAAGAUUUGUUGGUCUUCAGUCUGUACUAGUUCCUAUAACGAACAACGGAACAAAAAAAUCUAGAGACUGA